AAAGAAGUGUUACUAUUUGUUUCAGAGUGGAACAUUAUUACUCAUUAGGUUCAAUGUUUUGCAAUGAAUUUUUUUGUUCUAGGAAAUGGGUAAUGUAGGAGAGCAAAACAGUGACAUUCCUUUUGAUGUGCUGUCUCGGUUGCCAACAAAGUAUCUGCCAAGAUUAAAAUGUGUUUGUAAAGGGUGGAAUCGUCUUAUCUCAGACCCCAUUUUCAUGAAGGUUCAAUCCCGAAAGAAAGAACCAGUAUCAGGCUUCUUCUGCCAACAGCGAUUUAGAUUGGGCAAUGAGGACAUCACUACUAUAACCCACAUUCCUGUUGGAAAGCAAGAAGCUAAACUUUUUCAGACAGUAUUUGACUUCCUUCCUGAACAUGUUGUGUUGCUCGCUUCAUGCAACGGGUUGGUCUGUGGUCGCAGUUGCUUCCCUAGAAUAGACCCUUGCCUCUACAUAUGCAACCCCUUGAACCAUGAAUGGAUGAGGCUUACAUGGGAAGAACCUAACAGAGAAGACACCUUUGCUUUGGCAUUUGAUCCAUGUAGAGAUCUUUUAGGCACAUCAACCAAGUUCAAAUUGAUCAGGGUGAAGCAAAUUGAAAUUGAAUCAAAGGCCUUAUGCUUCUCAUUCGACAUAUACUCUUCGGAUACAAGGGCCUGGAAGAAAUCAGAAGAAAUAUGCAAGUGCAAUAGCAAUCUGUACAAGAACAAAGGGUUUUAUGUGGAAGGGGUUUUGCAUUGGUUGACUGAUGGUGAUGAAAUGCUUACCUUCCACGUGGAGAAUGAACUAUCAUGGUUGGUAUCUGUUCCACUUCCAGCCAUCGAAUUCCGCAGCAUCCCUGAAGCAUGCAUAGGACACUCCGAUGACAGGCUGCAUUACGUCCUGGUUUCUCAAUACGGACUUCAAAUUUGGUUCCUCGAGGAUUACUUCGAAUCUAAAUGGUCCCUGAAACUCUCUAAAACGUUAGAGGAAAUGGAAGAACAACACAUGAAGUUCCUUUACAAUUUGCGCGAGAGAGUAACACAAAGGCUGGCAGUUGACAUGGAACCAUGGGUUGAUCUUUUAGCCUUCAAAGAUGGCUAUUUGCUAAUGAGAGUUUCACGAAAUAUCAUGCUAUAUAAUAUCGAGACGAACAGGAUGCAGCUACUUUGUUCUCUUUCCAAGUUCGGUACCCAUUCCACCUUUUGCACAGUCCUUCCCUAUUCAUUGAGUUUGGUUCCCUUAGAUCAGGCUUAA